GCGACUGCGACCCGGUGAGCACGCUUCCAGUUCCGCCGGUCCCGCCGCUGCAAUGGCCGCCACCGCCCUCUUCCUGCUGCUGCUGGCCGCCUCGCACCUCGCCCUCUGCGCCGCCGUUACCACCGACGACUACAACCCGGACGUCGACUUGUCCACCCCGGGCAUCAUCCGCCGCCACGGCUACCCGGCCGAGGCGCACACCGUGCUGACGGGCGACGGCUACCUGCUGACCAUGCACCGCAUCCCGCGGCCGCAGCCGCAGGGCGCCUGCCGCAUCCUGCCCGUCGUGCUGCAGCACGGCCUGCUCGGCAGCUCCACGGAUUGGGUCUUUCUCGGGCCCCGCAACGGUCUAGCUUACCGGCUGUAUGAGGCGGGAUACGACGUCUGGAUUGGGAACUCCCGAGGCAACACUUACUCUCGCGCCCACUCUAACAUGUCCAUCCACGACUCUCGCUUCUGGGACUUCAGCUGGCACGAGAUGGGCGUGUACGACGUGCCGGCCGUGAUCGGGCACGUGCUGCGCGAGACGGGCUGCCCGCAGCUGUUCUACGUGGGUCACUCCAUGGGCACCACCAUGUUCUACGUGAUGGGCUCCGAGCGGCCCGACAUGAACGACAAGGUGCGCGCCAUGUUCAGUCUGGCGCCCGUCGCCUACAUGAGCCGCGUCAAGAGCCCCAUCCGCUACUUCGCGCCGGCCGCCAGCGACCUCACGUUCUUUAUGCAUCUCUUCGGGCAUGACGAGUUUCUACCGCAAAGCAAGGCCCUUCGAUUCCUCGCGAAGGUCGCCUGUGAGCUGACGACCGUCGAAGAACAUGUGUGUGAAAAUGCCAUGUUCACUCUGGUCGGAUUCGACGAAAAACAAUUCAACAUGACCAUGCUACCUGUGCUGCUGAGCCACAGCCCAUCAGGUUCCUCCACAAAGACUCUAGCUCACUAUGCACAGGAGAUCAAUUCAGGCAAGUUUCGGAAGUACGAUUAUGGAAAAACAGGUAAUAUGGAACGUUAUGGAACUCCUGAGCCACCAGCUUACAACAUUUCCAACAUCCGUGCACCCAUUUCACUUCACUUUGCUAGCAAUGAUUGGCUUGCCAACAUACAGGACGUUGAAGAAUUCUCACUGAAGCUGCCCAACGUGGUAUUCAGCGAGCUGGUGCCGCUGCUGUCUUUCAACCACCUGGACUUUCUGCUGGCCAAGGACGUUCCGUACCUCGUCUACGACAGGGUUGAGCAGCUGAUGGACAAGCUGCAGCAGGACGAGUGGGACCUGGACGACAUCUAAUCGUCGAGCAGUCUGCACCUUUCCGGGGACGGGCUGCCGCCUGUUAUCUGCUCGCAGUUACUGCGGAAUACAGCAGGCGCCUGUAGACGCCUCGGCUGGUCUUCCGCGGAAGUCGAGACAAGCGGCAGCCAGGAACACUGCACUCCCAAAAUUCUGUAUGAGAUGGAGCAAACGACUGCUUCGAAUCAUGUAUUUAUCACACCACAAAUUGAUACGUAAAAAAAGUACUUACCGUAAGAGCUCUUGUGCUCUGUAUUAUUACUGUUCCUCUCUAAGCAACAGCUUGAGGACUGAAUAAGUGUACAUUAGAUUCUUCAUUGCGCCGACUAGACAUUGUUAGACACUCUAAAAAAAAACAAAAGACCCACCACGAAGGAAUUAUCCAAAUGGGAUGGAAAUCGGUAGAUGCGAAGUAGCUGAACAGACAAACAAAAGAUUACAAUUUCAGAAAAAAGUUGGAUGAUUUAUUGAAGAGAGAGGGUUUCACAAAUUGAGAAAGUCAGUCCUGGCACUUACUCAAGCAGUUAUUGGGCUUGGCAUUGAUUGACAGGGAUGUUGGACGUCCUCCUGAGCGAUAUCGUGCCAAGUUCUGUCCAAUCGGAGCUUUGGAUCGUCAAAAUCCCGAGCUGGUUGGUGAGUCCUGCCUAUAACGCUCCAGGAGUUCUCAAUUGGGGACACUUCCGGCGACCUUGCUGGCCAAGGCAGGGUCAAGCACGAAGAAACUAUCGCCGCGUUCGGGCGGGCAUUAUCUUGCUGAAAUGUAAGUCCAGGAUGGCUUGCCGUGAAGGAGAACGUAGCGUAGAAUAUCGUCGACGUACCACUGUGCUGUUAGGGCGCAACGGAUGACAACCAAAGGGGAGCUGCUACGAAAAGAAAUCGCACCCCAGACCAUAAUUCCUAGUCGAGCCGUAUGGUGGCCAACAGUCAUGUUGGUAUCCCACUCCUGUCCAGUGCGUCUCCAGAAACGUCUUCGCUGACCAUCGAGCCUCACUUCGAAGCAGAACUGAAGACAAUUCUACUCCAGUUAACGAUGUUUCACGCCGACGACGUGUCUACUCCAGUUAACGCCGAAGAGCAGUGGAACACCAACCUGACUGUUGCCCGCCAUAAUGCCUGACAACCAGAAGUGAUGAUCAGGGGUGCAAUGCCUCUACAUAGCAGGACCCCGUGGGCUGUCAUCCGCGGUAUUCUCACAGCACAGCCGUACGUCGACGGUAUUCUACGUUCCGUUUUGUUGCCCUUCAUGGUAAGCCAUGCCCGGCUUACUUCUGAGCAAGAUUAUCCUUGGUCAAGCACGGCGAGUGUUUAUACUGCAUUUCUUCGUGCUUUACAGACCCUACCCUGGCCAGCACGAUCGCUGGAUCUUUCAUCAGUUGAGAACGUAUGGUGCAUUACGGCAGGACCUUCCAACCAACUCGGGAUUUUGACGAUCCAACAUGCCAGUUGGACAGAAUGUCGCACAGUAUACCUCCGGAGGACAUCCAACAAGUCUUAUUGACAAAGCUGGAUAAGUCUGCUGAAUAACUGUUUGUGUAAGUGCCAGAGGUGGACCAAUGCCUUACCUACUUACACAAUUUAUGAAGCUCUAAUUCUUGAAUAAAUCAUCCAAUAUUUUUGAAAUUGUAACCAUUUAUUUGUCUGUACAUGUACACACAUCUAUCGAUUUUCAUCCCAUUCGGAUAAUUCUUUGGAGGCGCGUCAUUUUUUCUGUCCUAGAGUGUAACUAAUCUACCAAAUAUCUGCAGCCAUUGGUUGUGCACUACAUCCGAGUUAAAGAAGGAUCUACGUUAAUAUAUACAUGAUUAUAACAUUCCACUCUUGAACAGCACCUGAGAAAAAUGAACAUCUCAACCUAUCAUUUUAUACAAUAGUCAUUUUUGCAUCGCAGGAGGGAGUUGGUGGUCGAAAUCCGCGAAAAGAUGUCGCCUUUGUUUUAGCUAUUGCUACCCGAACUCGCUUAUGGAAUACGUGACACUCUCUCCCCAAUUUCAUGAUAAUGCAAAACGAGAUGCCAGUCUUUGAUGAACUUUUUGAGCGUCCUUCGUCAGUCUUACCAUACAGAAACCCAUACCACGCGGCAGUGUUCCAGAAGAAGACGGACAAGUGAAGUGCGGGUUGUCUCAUCAACAGAUUUAUGGCACCUUCCAAGGGUUCUGCCAAGCAAACAUUGCUUUUAAUUCGCUUUCGCCUUUUUCUACGUGACGGUUCCAGUUUACGCAUUUAGUUGAAUCGACAACAUUUAAAUCUGCGAUGAUUUCUAUAAAUCUCGAUAAGAAACAAUCGUCAGCAACUCAACGUUUCAGUCACAUUGUUGGGUUCCUCUUCAGGAGCCCCUCAUAAGGAUGAAGAUUCCUGAAGAAUAUCGCGUCAGUGGGAUCGUUUCAUUGACUCGCAGAAAAAGUAAGCGUGGAAAAUUACGCGGUCUAAUAGCUCAGAAGAUUUUUAUGUUUAUUUAAAUCGGCAAAGUGUUAUACGCCAGAAGUAUCGUUGUGACCUCAAACUACCUCCGUUCCAGUGAGGCUGCGUUUACUGCUGUUGAUUACGAGCAAUUAUUAAACUGCCUGUGAAAAGACAGUUCGUGUUCAGUUCCCAUACAUUUUUCAAGAAAAGUAGUACCCAAUUAACAACAUUACCCACGCAUUUCUCCGUCAGAACUACUUAAAGACAUCAAAUUGUCUGGAGUAGCGCCACAAAAAGGUUCUCUCUUACUUCGCCGUUGACGCUCUAAUCGUGACUAGCAGCUAAACUCUGCCAUCAUUUCAAUUUCCCAUAUGUGAACGAGGAAUUUCAAAUCAAGUACAUAUUCCGCUAAAGAAAUGAAAAGGGUUAAACUUAGUUAGCUUGGGCAUUGUAUUAAAUACGUAAACCUGUCUUACGCUUUCCAAAAGUCAGCUACUUUUUUCCUCAAGAUUACAGCAUAAUUUAGUGAAAGCUACUCUAUUCUGAUAAACGCCUGCUAUCAUUCGAAAUCCGCUCAUUACCUGUUCUGCCUACGCGUUGCCUAUCUUCAGUUUUAAACCGCAGUGGCGCUGACAAAGCUCUGUUUGGCCCAUACUGUUGUGAACGUUCAAGCAGUUUCGUGUGUAACGGAGGUUAUCAGUUUAUCAAACGCAGACGGAUCUUUUUUGUUGUUAUGACGCUGUUCAGAAUUCUGAGCUGUCCGCUUCUUGGAUUUAAUACAAAAUGGUCACUUUGCGUUUCAUUCUUAAAUAAUAUGAUGCCUUAUGGCUCUUUGUUAUUACUUGAAACUUUUAUCUUCCUUUUUAUCACGAUAAAUAUAUAAAUUAUUCGACCACUCGACAUUAGUAUUUUGCUCACAUUUAACGCACAUGUUUUAAACAGAAAAAAGUAAUUUUUUGAAGUUGUGAUGAGGACAGACAUUCAUCUUCCUUUUGCCCAAUAUCAUUAUAUCGGAAUACAAGCGAAAUUCAAGAGAAGUUGCUCUCCUACCGUCAUUCCGUGCGUCAAACAGUGCAAAUAGAAAGAUCACUGUUCGUACAGCUCCCUACCGAAACCUAUUCCGUGAGUCUUUUAUUGAAUAAAUAUGUGACGAGAAGCAGGAGUUGUUUCACUUUCAUAGUUACAAAUCCAGUAGCAGACCCAAUCUGUGUUGUAGUAUGUAUCGAAAAACAAAAUAUUAUUCACCUGCAUGUAAAUCAAUGUGUCACAAAGUUGGUGUUUCAGUAAAUAUAUGUUACAAAUGUAACCAUCUGUAACUCACUAUAUAAGAGAGCGCAAUGUGUUACAUUUUCCCUACUCGUCCUAAUGUUUAUUUAGUAUUUUCAUAGUUCGUUACAUUUGCAUCCAUAUUCUAUCGUAAGUUAAAGGUAUUAUCUUUCUUCUCGGGAACGUUGAUUGUUGCUCAAUAAAACUGGACGACGUGAGAAUAUCUUCUGUCAGUUUAAUGCAGAAAUAGUGUUGUAUAAUUGGCAAAGAAAAGAAUUGCUUGUUAAGAUCAGAAUCUCGUCGGUGUUACAUACUUUAACUUUCAAAAUGAUUUCUUAUUUAAUCAUAAUGAAAAUUGUCCUGUUUCCUCUCUGUGUAUAGAUUCAAUGAAAUUCCUUUCGGAAAUUCUUGAUAUUUGAUGUUUGCUGUACUCAAAAUGUGUGAAAUAAAUGUUUGAUGUGUAUU